UAUUUAUGAAGUCAUAAAUAGGCAAGAAAAAAGAAAAAGAAAAAGAAAAAGAGAAAAGAAGGAAGCCCUAACCUCCAACUUUUCCCCUCCCUCAAACAACCGCCGACACCCUCGUCAUUCUUCUUCUCCGGCGACUCUCCGGCAGCCACAGGCGUAAAGCAGCGACGACUGGAGCCCACACCCACGCGAACGCCCAGCUCUGUCAUCGACGGCGGCGGGUCUGCGGUCACCCACGAAUCUGACUUGCAUUGUGAGCACGACUCGGAACGGCUUCGCCUAGGCUUUCGCAGCAUCGAUUCUUUUCCGUUUGAGACUCUAGCGUGAACAACAAGUUGUGCAUUCGACGACUGGUUGUGUCUUGCAGCAGCGUUUUUGGCUGGGGGGUAGGCUUUCAACGGUCCCAUUGGUUUUCAAUCAGUUUAUCCAUAACGUCGAAGGACCAGGUCUGCAGUUUUGGAUGCUUUCGAAUGCCGUCCAGCAAGGUUUGGAGCCCUUUUUGUUUUGGACUAGCUCGGACUGAUCGACAUUGGUCUAUUGUUGGUUUUGGUGGAUUUUGGACUUCGAGGAAGUUGAUAUUUGUCCAAGAAAGUGGAUUUAUGAUUGAGAAUUGUAGGACUGUCGAUUGAGCCUUGACCACCAAAAUAUUGGUGAUGGUUGUGAGAUUUCUUAUAAGGAUCUUGACAUGGAGGGUGGAAUUCAUGGUAUCUUGGUGGUUGAUCUUGUAAAGGAGGGGGGUAAUCGUCAUCCCCUGAAGAAUCAGAGUCGCAUCCCAAAAUAGGGCGAGCUGUAUUGGAAAAUUCGGGUUAUUACACCAUCACCACCAUGUUGCCUCCUGGGGGGGCGCCAAGGAAGCGAAAGGAGGUUGAGCCGUUUGUGAAGCCGAAAGUUGUGGGGGCUGACUCAAUUUCAGCGAAUCGGCUUCUAGCCGGCUAUCUUGCUCAUGAGUUUCUCAAUAAUGGCACUUUGUUUGGGGAGAAGUAUGAGCCAGCUCAAAGCGAGGUUGUUGGAAUGGCUAACUUGCAAUCAACUGAGUGUAAGAGGACGAAGCCGGAAGCCGCCUCGCCGAGCAUCAAAAAAGGAAAUCAUAGCUAUGCUGAGGUGGCAAGCAUCUUGAAGAUGGAUGGGGCCCACUUGCCUGGAAUUGUUAACCCAGCCCAGCUUGCUUGGUGGAUUAAAAUGUAAUUGCCAACAUAGCGUCCUUUGAUUGGAUGUAUAUUAUACUUUCAUAUCAGCAUAGUGAUAUCUGUUACGAGUCAAUGUAUAGGACUUGAAUUCAGUAAUGGAGAAUUGGUUUUGUUUUAGUUUUGUCACUGUAAAGUUUCUCUUCCCCAUGUAAAUGAUUAUACAUUACUCUUUUUAUUCU